AUUAUAACGCAAUUUAAAUCUCACCAUAACUGUGAGAAUGAAAUGGGUUUGAUGCCUCUAAUUUGUAAAAAACUAUUGGAAGCACGGGCUGAAGCUAAAAAAUUUAUGAAAAUCUAUGCAAAUGAUCCUGUAAAACUAUCAUAUUUUACAUCAAGAUCAAACGCGUUAAAAAUUUCGGCCAAUUCUGUUUAUAGUGAAACUGGGUAUUUCUUCUCUCCUUUCUAUCGAAAGACGAUUGCAUCAUCUGUCACUGCGUUUUCACGUGAAACUAUUAAAAAAGUGAUCACUUUCUUGGAAUCAAAACAAUGUAACAUCAUAUAUGGUGAUACUGAUUCGGUCUUCUUUAUGAUUCCAGAAACUCAUUUCUCUGAAAUCGACUCUCUUUAUUCUCAUGAUAAACAACUUCACUACUCAGAAUCUAUAAAAAAAUCUAUAGAAUUCACAAAACAGAUCACACCUAUAGUCAACUCUUUUAUGGAGCAGGAAACAGGUCCUUCAUCCUUCUCUUUUUCUCCAUAA